GGUUCUGUAGCUGACUUGGGCUGGUUUUGAAAAUGAGACCCGGCAACCCUGGCGAGUUCAGUUGGAACACUCCUUCUUCUAAUUGAGCUGAAGGGAUAGCGUUUUAGUUCACUAGCACCAGUGUGUGUGACUGUCUGUGUGUGACUAGGCCUCACUAGGAGACAUGGGCGGCAGGACUAACGUUAGAGACGAGGAGCCCAGGGCCCCAAUCCGAAGGGAAAAGUAAUAGAAAGGGCCUGGAGCAGAACCGCUAUUGCAGCAGCUUUCCCGCGAGAAGUUUGGAGCCCGGCUCUCGUAUCCAGAGAUUGGGGGCGUUCCUGUCUGCGGACAACAAAGCCUCUUCCCUUCUGCUUUAAGGCCGUGAAAUUAAAGGCAUGGCGAGGCGGCUGGAAUGAGGCUGUGUGUAUGGGGGAUGGGCACAGGCUAAGAUGGCUGAGCUGGGGCUGGCGAGCCUUUCUUCAGUUGGCUGAAAGUUUGCAGGAGCUGCCGGGCCCGGAGCGAAGACCCCCAGCGGCGCGGUUUCCUGCUGCUCGGGAAGGUGAGAGCUGACAGCCGCGGAAGGGGAGCCGAACUCCAUGCAUUAAAAAAAAAAAAAAAAAAGGCAGUUAUACGUUUUUCUAAGUGCAGUGGGACAAACAACCCCCUACAUGACCUUUAUAAUGUUUAAUACUUCAGAAGUUGAUGAAAAAGAUGAUACAUUUAAGACAUGCCUCACAGACACUAUGGAAUCCUCAGAGCCUUUACCCUCUAGUCCAAAUUGCCCUUUGGCAUUAAGCACCUCUGUGCAGAAUCUUCAUGAUGGCAUGGCCAUGAAGCUCGGAAACUUGCAAAAACUUGAUGUGCCUGAUAUCCCAACACUAAAAGUUAAGGAGGAAUUUGGAGAAGUAAAAUAUUAUCCUGAAUCACCUGCCCCUGGAAAGGAACUUAAGUGUGGCCUCUGUUUUGAGACAUUUCAGUAUGUAUCAGAGUUUAUGUUUCACGAUCAAAUUCAUAGAGCCACUAACUGCUUUGAAUGCCAACUCUGUGGACGGCAGUUCCAAAGCACCUCCAACUUAAAGGACCAUUACAAUGUACACACAGGUGAACGCCCCUACAAGUGUGAAUUGUGUGCCAAAGCUUUUACUCAGUCUUCCUCUUUAUUAACUCAUAAGCGCACUCACUCCAUGGAAAACCCCUACAAGUGUGAGGUGUGUGGGAGACUCUUUAGAGACGCCUCAAAUUUUGUAAAACAUCGACGUCUUCAUAGCCAAGCACAGCAAUUGGGCAGGCAAACCCAUGCAGCAAGCCAAAUCAUUUCAGAAAAACCACAUCAGUGUUCUUAUUGUGAGAAAUCCUUUAAACGCUCUUCAGAUUUAAAGGACCACGAGCGUGUCCACACUGGGGAGCGGCCAUAUCGAUGUAGGCUAUGCCAGAAAAGUUUUACUCAGUCUUCUGUGUUAACUGGACACAUGCGUAUUCAUACAGGAGAGAGGCCAUUUCACUGUGAUAUCUGUGGCAAGACCUUUAACAAUUCUUCCAACUUUAAAAAACACCAGCGUACACAUUCUGUGCAAGAUAUGUUGGCAAAUGUCUCCAGAGAUACUAGAUUCUCCCAUUAUAAGCAGCCUUUGAGGAGUAAGAAUGGUAUUGGAUAUUCCAAGGAUAUAAAUGCUAUCUCAUAUGGUAAAGAAAUAAGUGUAAACCAUACCAGAACACUGAACCUGAACGAAGAAGACUGCAAACUCGCUUUAGAAAAAAAUACCUCUCAGGAAAAUGGUGCCGUGAUCGACGAUCUGGAUGGGCUAUCCUCUCCAUGUACUGGAGUGACAGAUCUUACAAAUCACAGGGAUGACAACAUUUCUGAAGCUAAAGAAACUGAGAAAACGGUUAUUUUUCACAGUGACGAGGUAAUAGCCAUUGAUGAUACUGAUGAUAAAGAGGACUUAGGUGCCGAAUUCGAAACCAAAGAUGUUGUUCCUAAAGUUAAUUUUGACAACCUGAUCUUGCCAAAAUUGCCUAUAUAUAACUAUAUAAAACACAGUACUUACCAUAAAAUGGACUUAAAUCCACAGGUUGUUGGGGAGCAAACGUCUCUCCAGUCUCAGGAUAAGGAUCUCAAGGAAUCUAGAAACGGGUCAACAUCUGACCUUUCUAAAGACCUUCAAGUAUGUCAACCUGAGAAGCAGAGCCCAGGAAUGGAAGAACAGCAACAAAGUGAAGUAAUUAGUGAUGUUAGUAGUACAUCAGACUUGGGGGAAUCUGAAAACCUGUUGAUCGAAAGGACCAUGGAAUGUUGGAAUCAAAAUAUAGAUGACACAAUUGAUCAGGAUGAUGACAAUGAUCUUCUGUUUCUUGAGAUGGAGUCCAAGCCGUACAUCUGCUUUGUUUGUUCAAAGCGUUUUAAAAGGGCAACAGACUUAAAGGAACACCUGCGUGUACAUACAGGUGAAAGGCCAUUUGUUUGCCAGGUUUGUGGCAAAGGUUUCACACAGUCCUCUGCCCUUUCCAGUCAUCAGCGAAUUCAUACUGGUGAGAAGCCUUUCCAGUGUGAUAUUUGCUAUAAGAGAUUCAACAACUCUUCAAACUUCUCUAAACACAAGCGAGUGCACACAGGAGAGCGCCCACAUACCUGCCCUCUGUGCGGCAAAAGUUUUCAGGAAAAGCGGAGAGUAAAGCGGCACAUGAGAGCUGUUCACCAGAUUCAGGAGUAAAGGGAAUUCCUAUUGUUUACACCUGUCUGGAUCAACAGAAGAAUGUCUUUCAGAUUUUUCUUUUUGGAUGAUUGUUUUUAUUGAAUGUUAUGUUACAAUACUAAAAUUCUAAGACAAGGUAUCCAUCAAAGAACGUCCUAUUGUAUGGUUCAGGUGUCUGCAAUUAUGCAUCUGUUUUUAAGGUCAGAGCUCAUUUAACAUAUUUAACCUGACAAUUUUGCUAAACGGCAAGAAAAGGAACUGCCCCACAAUGUUUGAUGUGUGUAUGAUUUUAUUCAUAAUAAGCUAAACUGGUCUUUAUAUUUGCCUAAACUGAGGCUCCCCAAAAAUACACUGGUCACGUACCACUUUAAACAGUAUUACAAGCAAAUAUUGAAGGGCCAUAAACUUUUUAUAUUACUCUUUUUUUUCACAACCCCUUUGCUUUGUUUGAUUUUUAAUGACCCCCCCCUUUUUUUUUUUUUUAACCGUUACACAUUGUUUUUUUUAAGCUGUAUCAGAUGUAUCUAUUACCAUUUGAUCACUUCUGUGUCAUCUUUUGUAUCAUUAGUUAUCUUCGCAACUGUACAGACACUGAGAUCACGUCCUUUUUAUUUCAGAUGGUUGCUAAAUACCUACUACAGGGUUAGUAUAUGAGUAUCCAUGCUUAUUCCUUUAUUUAUCUUCCUCUAUCUAACAUCUGUUUUGCUUGCUCUUACUUGACCUCCAGGCAUUUUAAAAAAAUUAAAAUAUCUUCACUAAAAUACACUGUAAAAUAGAAUGACCAUUAAAUCAUUCUCAUUUAAAGGGUCA